UAUCAGAGAUGUGCAGUAAGUAAAGGGAACAAGCAACUUACCAAAUCUACGCUGGUACUAUCUUGAACUCCAUUUGAAUCGACACGCCACGCAUCGGACCCCGACACGAGCCCUCCCGACAUUCACUGGCACCCAUAACAUAAUCCUUCAACUUGAUCACAGACUGCUUGUCUGAUGGUCAACUCACAAACACAAUGAUGGAUACAAGCUACGAGAGUCUCCUGUCGUACAUGGCGCUCGCCAACGACACCGGAACCGCAACUUCGAGCGACGUCGACGACUAUAAUUCCUUCAUCUUCAAGUUGGAGUACAUCAAUGAGGCGGACAUCGCUGUCCUCGAUCUGCUACCGAACCUACCUUCGACGACGAGCGUUCAGCCCGCGGAUCAUGACCUCUUCGAGGUCUCUUCGAGUUCCAUCAACACUGCGAGUUCAAUAAUCGAAACGACCGAAGAUAAUGACAUCCCUCUGGUGAGCCAUCAUUGCCGUCAGGCUGGGUUUUAUCAGGGAGCCAUAACUGAACACUGCGAUUCGUCUAGUCAGCACCCACUUUCCACACCAAAUCUGGAUAUCUCACCUGCAUGUGCGCAAUACACAGAAGACAGGGCGCAACGCAGUACUGCCAGUGCAUUCAGGUUGACCGUCUGUCAGAUGCUUGUUGGCGGUAACUGCACUGUCGAGCUGCCUGUAUGAGCCCUAUCUGCACAAGGCUGAGACGAAAAGUGGGCAAUGCGGGGAUCGCCCCUUGAUGAGAGAAGGAGAAGACAGUUCGG